CUUGUGGGAAAUGUAGUCUGGUCCUUGUGACAUCACAGGGACCCACUCCGGAAACAGUACUUGUGCAUUCUGUCUGAAAGUGUGCUAUUUCUCCAAAGUUGGGCGAGAGUCCUGCCCUGCUCUACAUUCCUGUUGCGUCUCUGACAUGGAGGAAAUGCUGUCCUUCUGGGAUGUGGCCAUUGAGUUCUCUGCAGAAGAGAAGGAAUGGCUGGAGCAUGCUCAGUGGAAUUUGUACAGGGAUGUGAUGUUGGAGAAUUACAGCCACCUUGUGUUCCUUGGUCUUGCUGUGACUAAGCCACACCUGGUGACAUUCUUGGAGCAAGGACAAGUGCCUUCAGAUGUGAAGAGACAAGCAGCAGCCAUUGUGCACCCAGGAAUAACAACCAAUGAUUAUAACAUUUACAACAAGACCAUUGAUUGUAACUCACUACAUAUUCAACGCCAGAGAAUUCAUACAAAGGAAAAACCCUACAAGUGUAAAGAAUGUGGUAAGGCCCUUAGUUCUCGCUCAGCACUUUCUAUACACCAGAGACUUCAUACUGGAGACAAGCCCUACAUGUGUACAGAAUGUCAUAAGACCUUUAAUACUCGCUCAUCACUUUUUAUACACCAGAAAAAUCAUACUGAUGAGAAAUCCUACAAGUGUGAAGAAUGUGGCAAAACAUUUUACUAUCCUUCAAUGCUAAAGCAACAUCAAAGAAUUCAUUCUGGAGAGAAGCCCUACAAGUGUGAAGAAUGUGGAAAAGGUUUUCAUUCUCUACGCCUUCAGGUACAUCAAAGAAUUCAUAGUGGCGAGAAACCAUACAAGUGUGAAGAAUGUCACAAAGCCUUUCGUAAAUACUCAGCCUGUUGGAGACACAUGAGAGUUCAUAUUGCAGAGAAAUUCUACCAGUGUGAAAUGAGUGCGCAGGGAUUUAGUAAACCUGCUUUCCUCAUUGGGAACAGGGCAGUUCAUACUGCAGAGAAAGCCUACAAGUGUGAAGAGUGUGGCAAGUGUUUUUGUUCCUCUUCAUCACUUAUUCGACAUCAAACAAUCCAUUCUGAAGACAAUCCCUACAAGUGUGCAGAGUGUGGCAAACGGUUUUCCUCCUUUGCACGCCUUCAAGAACAUCAGACGGUCCACACUGGAGAGAAACCACACAAGUGUGAGUUGUGUGCCAAAUGUUUUUGCUCAUCUUCAUCCCUUAGACGACAUCAAGCAAUCCAUUCCGAAGACAAUCCCUACAAGUGUUCAGAGUGUGGCAAAAGGUUUUCCUACUUUACAAACCUUCAAGAACAUCAGACAAUUCAUACUGGAGAGAAAUCAUACAAGUGUGAUGAGUGUGGCAAAUGUUUUUACUUAUCUUCAUCCCUUCGCCGACAUCAAGCAAUUCACUCUGAAGACAAUCCUUACAAGUGUGAAGAGUGUGGCAGAUGUUUUUCAUCAUCUUCAUCCCUUAGGCGACAUAAACAAAAAAAGAAAAUUCAUUCUGAAGACAAUCCUUAAAAGUGCGGGGAAUGUGACAAAGACUUUGUUAAUCUUUAUGUCCUUACUCAACACAUGAUAUUAGUUCAUACCAGAGAGAAAUCCUACACAUAUCUUAAAAAGUUUAUUUGUUCAACUCUUAAAAUACAUCACAUGAUUCAUUCUGACUACAAACUCCGUGAAUGUGUGAAGUGUGGUAAAAUAAUUGCUAACAAUUCAGAUCUUAUCCAUCUCUAAUGAACCCUAGUAGAGAAUACUAGGUUAAUUAUUUUGAAUUGUCAACAGGAACCUCUAACUUCCAAUAGCAAAAAUGUUAAGAAUGUCAUCAGAGAAGAGUAGAGACUUCUGUUUGCUGUAAUCCACAACAGUUUGUUCAAGCAGUGUGUUUGAAACUUGCCUUGAUAAAUGAGUCUCUUUCUUCUGUAACUAUAAAUGUUCCCUGAAACCUUUA